CGCGCCGAGGCUGGGGGGGAGUCGUCGCCGCCGCCGCUCCCGCCGCCGCCGCCGCCGCCGAGGUGACUGAGGAGAGAGGCGCCUCCUCGCUCCCGCCUCCGCCGGCCUUCAAUGCCCAGUCCCCAGCUCGCCAGCGUUUUUCGUUGGAAUAUACGUUGCACAUUUAUGGCGAUUCUGAGUGUGAGGGCAGACUUCUGCCAGGCUCAGCACAGCGUUUUCGCUGACAAGUGAGCUUGGGGGAUAUAUGUGCCAUAAUUAACAUUGCCUUGAAGACUCUGGACACCGAGACUGGCCUCAGAAGUAGUAGGCUUUUUUUUUUUUUUUUAAAUUGCAAGCAUAUGUCUUUUAAUGACUCCAGUAAAAUUAAGCAUCAAGUAAACAAAAGUGGAAAAGAACCUACACUUUUAACUUGUCUCACUAGUGCCUAAAUGUAGUUUAAAGGCUGCUUACAUUUUGUAUGUAGUUGGAUUUUUUGGAGGCUGAAGGUAUCCAUCUGCAGACAUUGAGGCCCAAGUUGAAUUUGGAUUGAAGUGGAUUCUGAAUACUUCUGCCUGUGUUGAAGAGAGAAGCUUCAUAAGGAAUAAACAAGUUGAACAGAGAAAGUAGUGAUCAAUAAUAGGCAUUUUAGUGGUCUUUUUAAUGUUUUCUGCUGAGAAACAUUUCAAGAUUUAUUGAUCCCCCUUCCCCCCUGUUUUCCCUACCACAUUCACACACGCACGCUCACACUUUUUAUUUGCCAUAAUGAACCGUCCAGCCCCUGUGGAGAUCUCUUAUGAGAACAUGCGUUUUCUGAUAACUCACAACCCCACCAAUGCUACUCUCAACAAGUUCACAGAGGAACUUAAGAAGUAUGGAGUGACAACUUUGGUUCGCGUUUGUGAUGCUACAUAUGAUAAAGCUCCAGUUGAAAAAGAAGGAAUCCACGUUCUAGAUUGGCCAUUUGAUGAUGGAGCUCCACCCCCUAAUCAAAUAGUAGAUGAUUGGCUAAACCUGCUAAAAACCAAAUUUCGUGAAGAGCCAGGUUGCUGUGUUGCAGUGCAUUGUGUGGCAGGAUUGGGAAGGGCCCCUGUGCUGGUUGCACUUGCAUUGAUUGAAUGUGGAAUGAAGUAUGAAGAUGCCGUUCAGUUCAUAAGACAAAAAAGAAGGGGAGCAUUCAAUUCCAAACAGCUGCUUUACUUGGAGAAAUACCGACCUAAGAUGCGAUUACGCUUCAGAGAUACCAAUGGGCAUUGCUGUGUUCAGUAGACGUAGAGGAAGGCUGAAUGGAUCGUGGCAUUAGAGGGAACUCUUGGUACCUGGAAAUGUGAAUCUGGAAUCUUACCUGUGUCAUCAAAGUAGUGAUGGAUUCAGUACUCCUCAACUCCUAAUGAUUGAGAAGAAAGCAAAUGAUAAAGAAAUCCCUCUAUAACACGAAUAAAAUGUUUAAGAAAAGAAAAAAGAAAGGAAAAGGGAUUAAUUUAGUGAAAGAUGAUUUUGCUCCUAGUUUUGGAGUUUUGAUUUCUGCCAGGAUUGAAUUAUUUCAAAAUCCUCCUGUGUUUUUUAAACUUUUUUCAAAAUAGGUAUCUGAGGAAAACCAGCAGAAUAUUAACCAGUGUGGAGCCAGUUGUUGGGGAGCACACACUUCCAUUAUGCUUGGCACAUAGGUCUCCUUGUGGUAGGAUUUGGGGAAGGUAGAUUAUCCCCAUCUUUCUUCCUGUCCUGUCCCCCUUACCCCACCCCCAUACAUGUAGAUGGAAUAGAAAGAAAUCCUUGUUGCUGUAGAUGUACGUAUGUCUGCAGCCUUAAGCCUACCUGGGCACUUUUAGGAAAACAACGACAAAAAACACCAAAAAGAAAAAAAAAACC